AUCCUAAAAUUCUGUGAAACGCCACGUGUCGUGAUAAUAAAUCGCCAGUGACUGUUUCAAGUGCAAGAGGUGGCCUCAAAAUGUCUCAGAUCUAUUAUUCAAGUCGCUGAGAGUUGGCGUAAAAGCAGAGAUUAAUCAGUCCGUCAGUCACGUUGUGAAACGGAUGGUGGAGAGAAUUAUUUAAAAAAUUAAUCGGAUAAAAAUAAUCUCAUUGUUUUAACGUGGACAUCUGUCGGGACUUCCCCUUUUUCUGUACAAGUUGUUGACGCUCAGUUAUUGAACCCAACGCUAUGAAGUCGCUAGUGCCAGUAACAGUGAGCUUAGUCUUAGUGAUGGCAACAGCCGAUGAUUAUUUGCAAGAACGUGCGGCGAUUUUGGCCCAAGAAUCGACUAAUUUUCUCGGUGGUAACAACACACUAACAGUGAAGGAAAAAACCGUCAACAAAAUCAUCCUUGAAGCUAAAAAUACCGAACUUUCGAUGGCGUACAACAAUUCGCGUGAUUUCCUCCCAGCGUUGCAUUUUCCUCGAUCGAAAAAUCGCAUCAACAAAUCGCCAGUGUUCUCCAUAAUACGGAAACUCCCCAAAGGAGCCUCCCUUCACACUCAUUUACUUGCCGCAGCUUCGGUUGAUUACCUAAUCGGGAACAUUACUUACCGGGAGAAUCUUUACGGCGGUUUUGUUAACAAUGUGUUCAAGUUGAAGUUUUUGCAAAGUCCGGAGAGUGACACUAGGUGUAACUGGACGCUGGUUAAGGAGUUACGAGACAAGGAAACAGCGCCGGUUUUUGACCAAUGGCUCCGCUCACUGCUAACUCUCACUGAGACUUAUCCCAACGUUGAAACGGUUUGGGACAAGUUUAAGAAAAUUUUCACCACAACUUAUGACAUGUUGGCGUAUCGUCCGGUCUUUGAGGACUACCUUUACCAGGUUUUGAGGGAACUACAUGACGAUAACGUCAUUUAUACGGAACUCAAAGGCACAAUCAUGCCUUUGUACGAACUUGACGGAACGACACACUCAAAAGAGGAGUUUUUCCAAAUUUUUGCAAACACAGUUGAGAGAUUUAAAUCAGAUUUUCCGGCCUUUACAGGCGCAAAAUACAUUCACUCGAUUUAUCGUGGUGUUGAAAACGAUGUCCUCAAAACCGCUUUGGAGGAAAUAAUCGAAUUGAGGAAACACCACCCGGAUUUAAUCGCCGGUUUUGAUUUUGUUGGUUUUGAGGAGGAGGGUUGCACCUUAUUCGACUACCACUUGCUACUUUUGGAGGCCGGGAAACACCUCAAUUUUUUUUUCCACGCUGGUGAGACCAACUGGUUUGGUCACACUGACCUCAACCUACUUGAUGCCAUUCUUCUUAAUACGUCCAGGAUUGGUCACGGGUUUGCCCUAGUCAAACACCCAAAGAUGUUACAAUUGGCCAAAAGCAGGAACAUAGCGCUUGAAAUAUGCCCAAUAUCUAAUCAAGUCCUGAUGCUGAAUCAGGAUCACAGGAAUCAUCCAGCUGCUGUUUUAAUGGCUUUGGGUUUCCCGGUUGUGAUAGGGAAUGAUGAUCCUUCAAUUUGGGAUGCGACUGGUUUGAGUUAUGACUGGUUUAUGGUUUUUAUGGCAAUGACGCCCAGGGACAGUGGGCUUGAGGUUUUGAAACAGUUGGCGAUUAAUUCCAUUGUUUAUAGUAGUAUGGGGGUGGAGGAGAAAAGGAGGAGCUUGGAGGUGUGGGAGGGACAGUGGGAUAAGUUUCUAGACGAGAUUUUAAAAACUAAUUAAAAAAACUACUAGGAUAAACUUAUGUAACGUUUAUUGUAUUUCUGGUGUUGUUAUUAAUUCUGAUUCUUGAGUCUCUGUAAUUCUAACGAUUUAAGUACAUAACUGCAACCUUAUACAAUA